AAUGUCAGCGGCGGCAUCAGUCAUCAUUAUUCUGUUUUGAGGGAGGUACAUUUGCAAAAAUCAACCUUGGACAUUCGAAACACCCGGCUUUUUUUUGCACCAUGUUUGAGCGAUAUCUGGCCGCGCUGGAAUACCCCGCCGAGGGUGGAAUCAACAUCGAUAACCCGAAAGAGUUUCGCAACAUUGUCCUGUGGCUGGAGGACCAGAAAAUUCGCCACUACACCAUCGAGGACCGGGCGAACCUGCGCAAGGUGGGCUCCUCGGACGAGUGGGACCCGGCGUACGUCAAGUACAAGCUGGACCUGAAGUUUCCCACCGAUCUCAAGUCCAAGUCGGAGGAGCUAACGUGGCUGUUUCUGUACGCCAUCAAGCUGGAGUACUCGGACAACGUGGACCGGUACCGGCCGGUGACGGCCGCCCGCAAGAUGGACGAGGAGAAGAAGGCUACGGCGGCGCCGGAGAUCAAGUCCACCAAUCCGUUCGAUAACAUUGAUUUUACCAGUGCUGAUUUUGAGGAUGGAUCUCGGAAGUUGGCGGAGAAGUUGGGUGUCGCGUACCAUCCAGAUCAUUUGGUGUCGCUGCGGGCCGCUGGACGGGUCAUUUCCACACAGUUCAACAAAGAAACACUGAAGGAACCCAUCAUAACCGGCAAGCCAUUCCCCCUCGAUGAGGGUGCCGGUAUGGGAUUCGACAAGGAACCGGACAUGGAGAAGGCGGCACGAAUUUUGCGGCUAUUGCAAAUUCAAAGUGUGCGCAAGCUGCAGACGGCGAUCAAUGAGACGAUCGUGUCUGUACAGAACAUUACCGCCGAUCCCCGUACCGAUACCUCACUGGGAAAGGUCGGCAUGAAGUAAGCGUUGGGAAUGCGUGUGUUCGAAUUCAUCCAUAUUUAAGAAAUAAAACAGCAAUUAUUGAUUAAAACU